AUGGCCGAAGUCGUCCACAUCGUCGACGGCUUCAGCCUCACCAACCGCUGGCUGCUCUACACGUCCUUCAUGCUCGCGCCCGCGCAGUUCAUCGGCGGCAUCGCCAACAACUGCCCGUCCAACAUUGGCUUCCUCGCCUACAACUGGUACACCCAGGUACAGUGGUACCAGGCCUGCCGCGACCGCGAGCUGCACGCGCUGUCCCUCCUGCCCGUGCACUUCAACUUCGUCUACGCCUUCAGCUACCUCGGCGGCAUCACCUCCGGCAACAUGCCCAUGGGCGUGAUCCUCGGCCUCGGCACCGCCGGCGUCAUGAUCCUCAACACCGUCUCCGCCUGGGUCUCCUGGGCCACCAACCAGCCCGAGGGCUUCGGCGUCUACGAGUUCUUCUUCUUCGGCUGGCGCAGGCUCAACCCCGGGUGGCACAAGUUCAUCAUGGUCUGGAUGAUUGGCGACUCGCUGACCGCGCUGCUCUGCGUCAUCCUGGCCAUCGGCGUCGCCGUCUACGUCGCGCAGCUGGACGAGGAGGAGGACCUACCAGAGGUGGCGGAGGAGGUGACUUGCAUGUCCAAGGGCGCGCAGGUGCAGGCGCUGCGGUACCCGGCCAUCGUGCUGGGCGCGGCGCUGAUGCUGGUGUUUGGCUGGCCGGUGAUUAUGUGGACGGAGCUGAUCGUGGCGCGCAACCACAUCCACUCGGACACGGACUGGAUCGCCGUCUGGCUGUUCGUCGCGCAGGUCGUCACUAUGGUGGUGCCGAGUUGCGGCACGACGUUUAGCUGCUUCCGAGCCGCGGCGGCCCGGGCGGUGUAA